CUUUCUUAUCUCUCUCUUGAGCUGUCUCUCUGUUGUCAUCUUUCUUUCUCUCUCUCUCUCUCUCUCUAACACUCACUCUAUCACUCAUUUUUACUCUCUUCUUCAGGCAGACGAGCUUAAAACAGCUUUACUGUUUUUCUCUCUCUAAACGCAAAAACCCUAAACACUACUCAAAACCCUAACGACAGACCUUAGAUCUACUCUACAUUUCGCCUAUUAUGCACUAAGAAGUUCAACUAUAUAAAAAUGUCCAACACCGACCCGAAAACCCGACCCAAGCCUGGUCCAUGGCCUCCUGCGCCUGAAUCCUCCCCAAUGCCGCCUUCUUCUUGGGCUAAGAAAACUGGGUUUCGACCCAAGUUCUCCGGAGAGACCAAUGCUAGCGAUUCCGGGCAGAUUUCUCUCCCCCCGAAGCCCAAAGAACCGUCCGAUAACCAGCCCGAUCUUGAAGCGGGCCGGGUGCGCCCAGCAGCCACUACCACCACAACCAACACCAACAACAACAACACGAUGACCACUACUACACCAUUGCCAGCUGCGGUGAAUGGCACUGUAACGGGUGUGGCAGCUGACAAUAAAGGUCAGACGGUGAAGAGGAGGAGGGACUCUGAUGGUGGUGGGGCCCCAAAGAAAGAGUCUGGUCAUGGAGCAAAUGGGCAGGGUCCGGCGGGCCCUACAGAGAGUACGAGACGAGUUGCGAGGAAUGACGAAGCGGUUGAUGUGUUGCCACAGCCUGUGGAGGAUGAUGGGUUCGUGGGAAGGCAUUCUCAUAUGAAGUAUGAACUAAGAGACACACCUGGGCUUGUUCCCAUUGGGCUAUAUGGGUUCCAGCAUUACCUGUCAAUGUUAGGUUCAUUGAUUCUCAUUCCACUCGUCAUAGUUCCUGCAAUGGGGGGCUCUUAUGAGGAUACUUCAAUAGUGGUGUCAACGGUGCUAUUUGUUACAGGAGUGACCACACUUUUGCAUACAUCUUUUGGGUCAAGGUUGCCUUUGAUACAAGGCCCGUCAUUUGUUUUCCUUGCUCCAGCAUUAGCAAUAAUAAAUUCCUCAGAGUUCCAAGGACUGAGUGGAAAUAAUUUCAAACAUAUUAUGAAGAAGCUACAGGGGGCUAUAAUUAUUGCUUCAGCGUUCCAAGCAUUACUUGGAUAUAGUGGAUUGAUGUCAUUAAUUUUGAGGUUGAUCAAUCCUGUGGUUGUUGCCCCAACUAUUGCGGCCGUUGGACUCUCAUUUUAUAGUUAUGGUUUUCCACUAGUUGGUACCUGCCUUGAGAUUGGUGCAGUGCAGAUAUUGCUGGUUAUUAUUUUCUCUCUUUACCUCCGUAAGAUAUCCGUUCUAGGUCAUCGUGUAUUUCUCAUUUAUGCGGUUCCAUUGGGUCUAGCAAUCACAUGGGCAGCUGCGUUUCUUCUGACUGAAGCAGGAGCCUACAGUUACAAAGGUUGUGAUGCAAAUAUUCCAGCAUCAAAUAUUAUAUCUGACCACUGCAGAAAACAUGUUUCCAGGAUGAAGCACUGUCGAGUGGAUACUUCUCAUGCAUUGAAAUCUUCCCCAUGGUUUAGGUUUCCAUAUCCCUUACAAUGGGGUACUCCUGUCUUCGAGUGGAAAAUGGCCCUUGUUAUGUGUGUGGUGUCCAUUAUUGCAUCUGUGGACUCGGUUGGCUCAUAUCAUGCAUCAUCUUUGUUGGUGGCAUCUAGACCUCCAACUCCAGGUGUUCUUAGUCGAGGGAUUGGCCUUGAAGGACUUUCUAGUGUCUUGGCUGGUCUUUGGGGUACUGGAACUGGCUCCACAACUCUGACUGAGAAUGUGCAUACUAUUGCUGUGACUAAAAUGGGAAGCCGCAAAGCAGUGGAAUUAGGUGCAUGUGUUCUGAUUCUUUUAUCUCUUAUAGGUAAAGUUGGAGGGUUUAUUGCUUCAAUUCCUGAAGUAAUGGUUGCUGCUCUUCUUUGCUUCAUGUGGGCAAUGCUUACAGCACUAGGACUGUCAAAUCUACGGUAUAGUGAGGCAGGAAGCUCUCGGAAUAUCAUCAUAGUAGGGUUAUCUUUAUUUUUUUCACUUUCUGUGCCGGCAUAUUUUCAGCAGUAUGGCAUCUCCCCAAACAGCAACUUGUCUGUUCCAAGUUAUUUUCAGCCUUACAUUGUUGCCUCUCAUGGACCAAUCCGCAGUAAAUAUGGAGGGUUGAACUACUUUUUAAACACAUUACUAUCCUUACACAUGGUAAUUGCAUUCCUAGUUGCUGUUAUCCUGGACAACACGGUACCUGGCAGUAGGCAAGAGCGUGGGGUGUAUGUAUGGUCAGAACCGGAGGCAGCAAGGGAACCUGCUGUUACCAAAGACUACGAGUUACCAUUCAGAGUCGGCCGAGUUUUCAGAUGGGUGAAAUGGGUUGGGUUAUGAGAGACCAAAGAAGAUACUUGGUGUGCUUGCCAUCAUUGCUCGUGGAGCUCCUAUUGAGGGCAGAAGAUUGUGCUCAUUACCUUUUGAUUCUAGGUGUAAGUCCCCUGAGCUCAUAUGGUAAAUAGCAGUGAACAAACUGAUUUUUCUCACACGGCUGAGUCUUCUUGGGACUACAGGUCUUAUAUAGAUGAGUUAUUUGUGUACAUUUGAAGAUCCGUAGGGAUCUAAUUGUGUUGUAAUUUUAAAUUAUGAAGAACAAUGUAUCUAGUUUUGAGUCGUUGAAAUUGUCCAGAGGGAGUUUCUAUGCUCGAGAGUGCUGAGAAUCCAUCCUCAUCUUGUAUAUCUUUUUUUCUCAAUCAUAUUCUUAAUCAGCUUCUUUUGCAAU